AUGAUGCAACAGCAACCAUGGUCUCAGCCAUGGGCUCCACAACCAGCCUCAACCUUGGCCUCAACCUUGGGUUCCGCAGCCUCCAAUGUGGGAACAGCCACAUUGGGACCAGCCUAUGAUGCCUCAGCAGACCCCACCCGUCGUGUACUUCUUCAAUCCUAUGCCCCAGCCGCAACAGCAGUUCCAGCAGCAGCAGUCAUGCUCGAACACGAUUUAAAAUGCCGCUGCCUAGCGCCACCUCCACCACCAUUUCAGCCCCCUAUGAUGCACCAAAAUCAGUUCCCUCUCCCUGUUCAGAGCGAGGCACCUAUUAUGCCUCAGCCCUUUCCCGUGGACAACAACAAUAAUGUGAACGCUAUCAAUGAGAACGUAAUGAAACCAUGGUACAUGAGUGGUGACGAUCAGAGAUGGCAGCAGACUUGGGUAAAUAGCAAUAAGGCCGAUACUCCUUUCAAUCCCAAUCCAGCAGCGGCGACAUCUCCUUUCGUGGACAACACGGCAGUGGUAGAGCAGCAACCGGUGGUUCCACAACCUGCUCCUGAGCAGCCUAUGGGACACGACAGCGAUGGAAUCGACGGCUUCCCUCGUGAGGAGAAGUUCAAGUCCUUGACAUUGCCUUCGACUGCAGUCACCUCAAGGACGCUUGAUGUGGGCCCACGGAGGCGCCUCCUCAGGUUACGGCGAUGUCCCCAGCGGGUGAACGCCUGGCAGCGCAUACCAACCAGGAAGCCGCUGAAAGGCCUUAUGCCAGCCGCGGUGCCUGCAAUUGCCGACCCGUCAAAUGGACCAGUUGGAGACAAGGACUUUCUUCCACUAAGAAUCAGCGACGAAGUAGCCGACCAUCCACAGAGUGAUGCCGAUACGGUAUGA